ACCCUAGCAAAACCUAGGGAAAUUCAAAGUUUUCUCUGUUUUGUCUUACCAUUUAAAAAAGCAAUGCUUUAUCAAUGGGGAUUUACAGAUCUCUGCAAAACCUAAUCAUCAAAAACCCUAACAAAGCCCGAACCUUUUUGACCGCAACAUUGAGGAAUCCAAGCACCGCAACUUACGUAAUUCCACCUCUAUCAUCUCCUCUCUUUCACACCCGAGUCUCGCCGUUUUCUCCAUCGCUUUCUAAAUGGAUCGCCCCCUUCAAUGGCCCUCUUUUCCUCUCUUCCCCACCAUGGAAGCUCUCCCAAUUGGCCACUCCGUUUUGGGGGAACGUCCCCGUUUUACGAAAAGUUAAAGCUUUGAAUCUUGACUUGAUCAGAGGCAGCGGAGCUAAAUUUCCAGUCAAGCUACGAUUUGGGUCGGUCUUAUCGGACCCGAGUGUGCUUGAUCGGUUGGAAACCGAGAAGGGAAGCACUAAAGAAAGGGAAGCUGUGGUUGAGAGUUUUGUGAAUUUGCCGAAUUUAAUUUCAAUGAGUAGAUUGGUUUCUGGUCCUUUGCUUGGAUGGAUGAUUGUAAACGAAAUGUAUGGUCUUGCAUUCGUGGGAUUAACCAUCUCUGGUGCAACUGAUUGGCUGGAUGGAUAUGUAGCUAGAAAGAUGAAGAUCAAUUCAGUAGUGGGUUCUUAUCUUGAUCCUCUAGCUGACAAGGUUCUUAUUGGAUGUGUUGCUUUAUCUAUGGUACAUAACAAUCUUUUGCACUCUGGACUUGUCAGACUUGUUGUCUUGCGAGAUGUUGCCCUUAUCGGUGGUGCGAUGUACCAAAGAGCUAGUAGCUUGGGUUGGCAGUGGAAAAGUUGGCUAGAUUUUGUCAAUCUCAAUGGGACUAGUCCGCAGAAGGUUGAGCCCCUCUUUAUAAGCAAAGUUAACACGGUUUUCCAGCUGAUUUUAGUUGCCUCAGCUCUCCUACAACCCGAGUUCGGAAUGCCAGAAACUCAAUCAUGCAUCACAUUCUUAAGUUGGAUAGUGGCUGCAACGACAGUAGGUUCUACCAUUGCAUACGGAGCACAACACACAAGAAAGAGACCGAGGUUGAUGUCAAAAAAGCUGUCGAAUUCUUAACGCAACACUAAGACAAGUGAUGAGUUCCAGAAGCAGCCGAUGUGUGAGCUUAUAUAGAGCCGUAGAUGGGAAGAAAAGGAAUAGGUCAUGAGCCUAAGGGAGCUCAUAGGUUGCUUGUAAUUGGCUUGCACCGUCUUGUAAUAAAAGCGACAGAAACAAUGAAACGAAUACAGCCUUCGGCAAAAGCCUGCUUUUAGAGUAAACUUGAAACUGUAACUUUUAAAAUUUUGUUAUUAAUGUUUAAGCUCUGCUUCAAGAGAUUUUGCCAA